GGGAGCCGCCCGGCACGGCCCGGCCCGGCCCGGUCCGGUCCGACUCGACCUGAGGGAGUUGCUCCGGCGGCCAUGGAGAUGCCGGAUGUAAUGAGGCAAAGUAAAAUUGCAGAACUGCAGAACUUCCACUGCAAUUCUAAGCUACAGAAGAAUCCUACUUCCAGUCCUGUUGCCGAGGCAAAUGGUGGUCUGGCUAUCUAUUCAAACUCCCUUUGUGCAAUGAAAUCGCUCCAACACAGACCAGAGAUGGUCAUCAGUCAGCCUUUCCCUAUACCAGAUAAUGGCAAAAGGAAAAAGAAAAAGAGAACCAGAGCCACAGACCAUCUUCCUGGGAAGUUUGAAGAUUUGUAUAAACUGACGACUGAGCUGCUUGGUGAGGGAGCCUAUGCCAAGGUUCAGGGUGCUGUUAGCCUGCAAACUGGGAAAGAGUAUGCAGUAAAAAUAAUUGAGAAGAAGGUUGGACAUAGUCGGAGUAGGGUUUUUCGGGAAGUGGAAACAUUGUACCAGUGUCAGGGUAACAAGAACAUUUUGGAGUUAAUAGAAUUUUUUGAAGAUGACACAAGGUAUUACCUUGUCUUCGAGAAAUUGCGAGGAGGUUCUAUCUUGGCUCACAUACAAAAGCGAAAACACUUUAAUGAACGCGAAGCCAGCAGGGUGGUGAGAGAUGUUGCCUAUGCUCUGGAUUUUCUGCAUACAAAAGGGAUUGCUCACCGAGACCUGAAGCCUGAAAAUAUAUUGUGUGAAUCUCCAGAGAAGGUAUCACCAGUGAAAAUAUGCGACUUCGACCUUGGUAGCGGAGUGAAGUUGAACAGUGCGUGUACUCCAAUAACUACUCCCGAAUUAACUACUCCAUGCGGUUCUGCAGAAUACAUGGCACCAGAGGUUGUGGAAGUCUUCACAGAGGAGGCCACAUUCUAUGACAAACGCUGUGAUCUGUGGAGUCUUGGGGUGAUUUUGUACAUCAUGCUCAGCGGCUACCCUCCUUUCGUGGGGAACUGUGGCACAGACUGUGGCUGGGACAGGGGAGAAGUUUGCAGAGUUUGCCAGAACAAGCUCUUUGAGAGUAUCCAGGAAGGCAAGUACGAGUUCCCUGACAAAGACUGGUCUCAUAUUUCCAGUGAUGCCAAAGACCUCAUCUCAAAGUUGCUUGUUCGUGAUGCCAAAGAAAGACUGAGUGCUGCUCAGGUUCUGAAGCAUCCAUGGUUACAAGGGCAGGCUCCUGAAAGGGGAUUACCUACACCACAAGUCCUUCAAAGGAAUAGUAGCACAAAAGACUUGACACUUUUUGCAGCAGAAGCCAUUGCCCUGAACCGGCAGCUGUCUCAGCAUGAGAAUGAACUGAAUGAAGAACAAGAGAACAUCGCUCAAGCCAUGUGUUCCAUGAAACUCUCUCCUCCGUCCAAAUCCCGUCUGGCCAAACGAAGAGCAAUGACUCAGGCCACCAAAAAUGGUGACUUCCAGCCAGUUUUUCAUGCUGCCCUUUGACAUCAUUUCCCUGCUGCUGCUGCUAAUGAGAGAAGUCAUGUUUUCCCUAUUUUAAAGACAGAUAGUUACAUCAAGGCCAAAUUACUUUUAUCAGGAAGCUCAUUAUAAAGUGGCUUCCAGCUUCAAGGGGCAAUUUUUAUACAGCCUAUUUUGGUGCAUUAAGGUAUUUAACAGAACUUUUUUAAACAAAAGGAAUGUGAAUUCACUGCUAUGUUACUUCAGAGGAUCAAGCACUUAGCUCUCCUCAUUUGUCUUAAAAGCACACUUGAGAAUGCACGCUUGAGGAUAUUAGAGAAAUGCUUCUCAUGUUUUGUACUUAAGGGCUCCUCAGAUCUGCCACCCCUGCAGGUAAAUCUUAGGACUUUGCCCCUCCUUGGCAGCCUUCCAGUUCUGCUCCUGUAGCCCACAGGAGAGUUUGCGGAUGGACUGGUCAAAAAGCAUAAUGACUCCAGAAGUGAAGAGAAUACACUAAUCUGGGUCCUGCAUGUUGAUGAGAGGUCCCAGAUCCUACUUCAUUUGGGAUAAAGAACACCUUGCAAGCUACUAUAGCUGCACAGCAAAAUCAGGUCCAUGACCAUGAAUACAAAGGCAGGGAUAUGGGGCUCUUCUGUGCUCUGGGUGUGUAUGCAAACUUGUAAAUGUGGGGGGAUAUUUUGUUUCCUUAGCUAAUAUUUCUGUGUUCUCAUAAGUAAGACAUAUAUAUAUUCUCUCAGUUCUUCCCAUUUUUUUCAGCUGUUUUUAUCAUUCUGCCUUUUCUUGCAGUUCCAUGCUUAAAUCUGAAACUAGUUUAGUUGAUGAACUUUACAUGGGAUUUUUUUUCCCCACAAAUACUUUUCUUGGUGCUCUUGAAGAUCUGAAGAUAGACCUCUCUCCAAUGGCUUCUUCAUUUAUCAUCUGGAUUGUAUGUUUUAAGAAGGGAGGGACUGGCUCCAAUGACUUAUUUUGGUGAGAAAUCUGAGCCUUUCCCACCAAUGCAUAGGUACUGCAUGUAGCAGUCAGACCCUUGAGGCCAUUGAAACAAAUGAAUAGGGUUUAGAUCAGAUUUUCCUUUUUUUUAAAGACCCAGACUGCCUUGGGAGCUGCUGUUAGACAUUCAUUCAUCAGAUUUUUCCAAGGUUGCACAAGAUUUUUUUGGGGUGUUGAGUGUGGGCUCGCCUCAAGCACUUUAUAUACUUUUUAAAGAAAGUGCUCAGCAUGUAAGCUGUGAAAAUUGGGCAAUUUAAGGUGUGUCAGGUUGGCCCCCCAAUGUGUUAGGAGACAUUUUUGAACAUUUAUGAUGAUGUGUUGUGUGCAAGGUGAAAAAAUAUACUGUCUGCAAAUGCCAGUAGUAAUAAUCUUAAGCUGCAGGAGGAUGGACACAAGAAACAAAUUCAGCAUCCCAUUGGAAGUAGAGAACUACUCUAUACUAGAACAGGUUCACACUUGCCUUUUAGAAAUGUGCACUUUGUAUACAAUAUUUUGAUACAGCCUAAUGUACUGGUGAUGAAAGAAAAUGGUUAUACUUAAAUUAUUUUAUAUGUUGUGCCAGUGAUACAGGUUUUGAAUUGUACCUUAGCUUUGAUUUUAUUAAAAAAAAUUUUAGCUAUAAAUUUAACACAUUCCAUAAUUGCCUGUGCCUUUUCAGUCUGAUUUUUGGAGACUUCAACUACUCAGGAAACAACCGUUUAGUCUUCUGUAACACUUUUAACUUGUGUGCUGAAAAUUAAAUGUACCUCAUUUCUA